GUUUUCUCGCGAAAGUAUCUUUCUCAACAGUCAGUCAAAAUGCUUCUCAAGACGGUUUCUUCUUCUUCCUCUUCAGCUCUCUCGCUCGUGAGUUUCCACGGCGGAAUCAAGGACGUUUCUCCUUUGUUAUCAUCCGUCUCGUCUCCAAUCGAUUCCUCCUCGAAGGGAAAGCUCUCAGUCUCUGUUCGCGCGUCUAAAAUCUCAACCGCCGACGCGCUAAGCGGCGUCGUUUUCCAGCCGUUCGAGGAGGUGAAGAAGGAGCUCGACCUCGUCCCGACGAGCUCGGAUCUCUCGCUCGCUCGUCAAAAGUACUCCGACGAGUGCGAAGCUGCUAUUAACGAGCAGAUCAAUGUGGAAUACAAUCUCUCGUAUGUGUAUCACGCCAUGUAUGCUUACUUCGAUAGGGAUAACGUCGCGCUCAAAGGUCUUGCCAAGUUCUUCAAGGAAUCGAGUGUGGAAGAAAGAGAGCAUGCUGAGAAGUUGAUGGAGUAUCAGAACAAACGUGGUGGGAAGGUUAAGUUACAGUCCAUUGUAGUGCCUCUCUCGGAGUUUGAACACGUUGAUAAAGGAGAUGCUCUUUAUGGGAUGGAGCUGGCUCUGUCACUGGAAAAACUGGUUAAUGAGAAGCUCUUAAACCUCCACAGUGUUGCUUCAAAGAACGGAGAUGUCCACUUGGCAGAUUUUAUUGAGAGCGAGUUUCUGACCGAGCAGGUGGAAGCAAUCAAGAAAAUUUCAGAGUAUGUAGCCCAACUACGAAGAGUUGGCAAAGGACACGGGACGUGGCAUUUCAAUCAGAUGCUUUUGGAACAGUAAAAUCUACUUCGAGGGACUUAUGGUCGUGUUUACUCUUGUGGUAUUCAGUCUAUGAAGCUCACUAGCAAUGUAUCAACCAGUUUGUGUGUUAGUUCUGCAGCUUUUGUGAUGUAGACUUUUUAUUUUGUAAGAGCCGAAGAGAGAUGUCUUUGAAUUCAGUUUUAUGAAUGAGUUCUUCCAACCUACCA